AUGUCCCUCCAGGGCUUGAACUUUGAACGUCUCGGGGCCCAUAUGAACGUUGCAGAGCAGAGUUCCGUUCGAGGCAUAUUCGGCCGAAUUGGCGUUAGGACUGAACCCGAGAACGAAAUUGCCGCUGUCCAGGAUUUGCAUUUAUCCGCUGUUAUCCGUCAAGACCUUGUUCGGACUGGUGUAUUCCUACACUAG